CUUGCCAUGAAGAUCGCACUCGCCAUCCUCGCUACCCUCGCCUCGGCUGUGUUUGCCCUUGACCCAGUCGCCCCCAACAACGACUUUGAGAUUGUCGGCGGCCGCGAAGCGGAAGUUGGCAAGCACCGGUACUUGGCAGGCCUGAAGGUGUCUCCCACAGCCACGUCGAGCUGCGGCGGCAGUCUUGUCGCCCCCAACGUGAUUGUGACGGCGGCGCACUGCAUGGGUCACGGCCUGUCGUAUGUCGUCGUGGGGACGCACUACCUGACUGGGUCGUCCGACGGUGAGUCGGCCAGGGUCGUCCGAGAGAUCAAGCACCCGCUCAACAGCGCGCGCACCAACGCAAACGACGUCGCGAUCCUCCUCUUGGACCGCAACAUUACGACGAUUGCGCCAGUCAAGAUCUCGUACGAGUCGGUCCCGGCCAACGUGAAGACGUGGGUGCGUGGGUGGGGCACCACGUCGUCGGGCGGGACUCAGUCGCGCGUCCUCAAGGAAGUCAGCUUGAUGACCUGGGACAAUGCCAAGGCCGCGGCGGCGCUAGCGCCCAGCAAGGUCGACGCCACCAUGUUGGCUGCGGGCGGGUUGGCCGGAGAAGACUCGUGCCAGGGAGACUCGGGAGGACCGUUGACGAUCGAAGACGCGUCGGGCGUGCGUCUGGUGGGUGUCGUGAGCUGGGGUCUGGGCUGCGGCCAGCUCAACAAGCCUGGUGUGUACGGUCGUCUCAACACGGCCAAGUCCUUCAUCCAGCAGUACGUGCCCUAGGCCGCACAACGGCGUAGGAAAGGCCAUGUCCAUUGCGUGUAUGUCGUCAUGCCGUGUCUUUGAAUGAAAUAAGGAUGCAUGAAAUGUCUGGAGAUGGUUCAAUUCAUCGCGUA